GUACAGGACGCUAAAUUCACCAGUGGAAGACGGAAUCCAGGCACCGUAGCUAGCCUAAAGGGUGUCCGCGAUACUGGAGUUGUGUUGCCUUCGGGCGCUUCCGCCACAACUUCUGUCACGUGACAACAUCUCCGUUUUCCUUUUUGCCUUCUUGUCAGAAAACGUUUAUCCAGUAACACCGAGUAGUGCCGGUCGAAUAGCAGAGGUCUCGGUGGUUUCCCCAGCGAAGAGCUUGAAGAUGAGUCUCGUUCUGGUCAGCGUUUUCGCUUUGUUUUACGUCACUGCAGCAUUGGACCUCUGUCCACACCAAAAGCAUCUCGAAGGGGUGAUAGACAAGUGCCACGGAAAACUUUCCAAACUUGGAGAAAUAUCAAAACAAUUGGCUGACAUCGCGUCCACGUACGAGAAGCAGUGCGCGGAAGAGCUGGCACCAGGCGCUAGCAGCGCUGAGAUCCAAAGGAUGCGCUGCGUCGACGAGCACUUCGAAAAACAGUUUUACCGCUGCUGGGCUGGCGUGUUGGACGAUGACCGUCUAUUGAGCGACGCCGGUUUUACAAAUGAAGACGUACAUAUUUUUAAAGAAUCCAUCAAAUGCAAAUUUGGAGUGCUUGGAAUUGAGGUUUGAAAGGAAACACUCCACC